UUUUGUACCGCAGAUUGAUCUGACAGAAUACGUGACGAGCAGUUUCCAUCCUACGGUUCGGAUUUAUUAACGAUCUUCUCGGCCGAACCCAUCGCCCAUACAGCCUUGUAUCGGUUCAUCUGGCCGAUUCUGCUCGUGUCCAAAAGUAUCAGCCGGUGACAUUGUGGGUUUGAGGUGAAAUCUGAGGAAUAAUGUCGUCAGGAAACCCCGAAUAUUCGUCGUUCUUCGCCGUGAUGGGCGCAUCAGCAGCGAUGGUCUUUAGCGCGUUGGGCGCAGCGUAUGGAACAGCUAAAAGCGGUACGGGUAUCGCUGCCAUGUCAGUGAUGCGUCCAGAGCUGAUCAUGAAGUCCAUCAUUCCUGUCGUCAUGGCGGGAAUCAUAGCCAUUUACGGCCUGGUGGUGGCUGUUCUCAUUGCCAACAACAUCUCUGAGAAGAUCACUCUGUACAAGAGUUUCUUGCAUCUGGGCGCAGGGCUCAGCGUGGGUCUGAGUGGAUUGGCAGCCGGUUUUGCCAUCGGCAUCGUGGGAGACGCAGGCGUGCGUGGCACCGCCCAACAGCCGCGCCUCUUCGUCGGGAUGAUCCUCAUUCUGAUCUUUGCUGAAGUCCUAGGUCUGUACGGCCUCAUUGUAGCUUUGAUCCUCUCUACCAAAUAAACUGGCAGUCGGCAUGCGGCGCUGCCACACCAGACGAUGGGGGACAUGGAACACGAAACAAAAAAAUGCGGGAAGGGGGAAACAUUUUCGAAACCUUAAACUAAAAAUGAAUAUUAGAAGAAUUGAUGAAAUGAAAGGUGGGGAAUAAUCCUACACGUUAUAACGUUCAGUUUUAUUUCUGCGACGUGUACAGUCGUCCCAGUUCAAUAGUUUUGAUUUCUUGUAAAUGCAGUAUAUAGUGAUUUCGUCAUGUGUCUGUGAAGAAAAGAAUAUAUAAUAAUAAUGAAAGUAAUAGUUCUGUUUGUUUCCCGCCCCCACUUACCUAUCACUCCGUUAGCCAAUCAUGCAUUCUCUUUCACUCCCUUUACGUUAGACUGGUAAACGAACGAAUGCUCGUGGUUCCGUCUUUUCGUGUUUUGGGAGUUUUAUACAUUUGAUUUCUGCAUUGAUGUCAAAGAUGUGUUUGUGAAGUGGAAAAAACAGCUGAUCAAUCUGUAUGUGGAAUGGAAUCGUUUUUGUUACCAUCCAUUUUAGUUUUCCACUGGUUUUAUUUAUGAAGAUAUUGUUCAUAAAAAUGUACUUGGAGCUCCUCAGAUCUUCUGAAUGAUAUAUAUAAAUAUAUAAACAGAUGUAUAAGAAUAGACCUGCACUGACUGGGAUUCCUGUACUGUUUAAAAACUGGGGUUUCUGGUGAGUGUUGUAUUGGGGAGCGUUUCAGCUUGAUGUGUGUAUUUAUGGUUGUUUCUUGUGUAUAUCUGAUGUUUGGUUGUAUUAAAGAUGUGUGUGUGCCCUUUCUGAGGGUCUCACAAAUGUAAUUUCCACA